UGUAAGGACGGUUAUUACGGAAACCAAUGCCUAUCUCCAUGUCCUGGAUCUUGUGGUGGAAGUAAAGUUUGUAAUAAGGAUACUGGGAAUUGUAUAGACUGCCAAGACGGUUAUUUUGGAGAUAUAUGCCAAUAUCAAUGUCCUGUGUCUUGUGUAAAUAAAGUAUGUGAUAAAGAUACUGGAAAUUGUAUAGACGGAUGUGUUGACGGUAGAUAUGGAGACAGAUGUGAACUGCCUUGUUUGGGAAACUGCACAAGUUGUACUCGGAAUGGAGAACAGUGUUUAGGUUGCAUUGACGGAAUGUUUGGUAGUUCCUGUUCACUGGCAUGUGGUCAGUGUGUUGGCCAGCGAUGUAAUAUAGACACAGGUCACUGUAAAACACCAUGUCAAAUGGGUUGGACUGGUCAACGGUGUGACAUCAAAGUGGAGAAACAGCUAGUAGAUGAAAGCAGCACUGGGGGCACACAUUUUGGAGCCGGAGUCGGAGUCGGUGGCGGUUUAGUUGCUCUCGUCCUGAUUCUGAUCAUAAUAGUAGUUUGCAUAAUCAAACGAAGAUCGGACACACCCGCCGGAACUGCGUCCACACCCUCAGUUGUGUAUGCAGAGCCAAGACCUUCAAUCAACUCAGACGGACACUCGGACGAAACAGGAGAACAUGUCUAUCAUGAACUUCAAGAUGGACUUAUGCCAGAUCAUGUAUACCAUGACCUUCAAAACGAAAAUAAGCCUGAACACGUUUAUAUUAACCUCCAUAAUGAAAAUAGGCCUGAACAAGUCUAUCUUGACCUUCAAAAUGGUAGUAGGCCAGAACAUGUUUAUCUUGAGCUUCAACAUGAAAGUACGUCUAGACGUGUCCAUGGUGACCUUCAAAAUGACAGUAAGUCAGACAGCGAAAAUGUUUACUACAACGACAGACCAGUUGGGUUCCCAGUCAGUAUGCUGAAGACGCUCAAUGCCGAGAAAAUGGAAGAGAAAGAAAAGAAGUUUAUUUCAGAGUUUAAGAUGUUUCCUCUUGGCUCAAUUCAUCCACAUACGAUCGCAGAGAGGAAUAAGCCAAAGAAUAGAUUUGAGGCCAUAUUUCCGUAUGACCAUUCACGAGUAAUACUCAACACAGUCCACGAAGGAAAUAGCUCGGACUAUAUAAAUGCAAACUUCAUCGAUAGUGUUGAGGAAAGGAAUGUCUAUGUUGCAACCCAAGGACCACUCCGAUAUACGAUUGAUGAUUUCUGGAGAAUGGUGUGGACUCUAAACUCUGGGAAAAUAGUGAUGCUUACAAAUCUAGUGGAAAGUCAAAAGACAAAAUGUGAAAAAUAUUGGCCUGACAAAAUGGAUCAAAUGUCAACAAAAACAUUCAACAUCACGUUGAACAGGGAACGAGACUAUGGCUCCCAUAUUGUCAGGAACGUCACACUCAUGGAUCGGAAGUCAAAAGAGAAGCGAGAAAUCCAUCAGUUUCAUUUCACCACCUGGCCGGACCAUGGGACCCCGAACACGUUAGAACUUGUCUUAUUUCAUCGCCGCGUAAUGCUGCACAGAACUACACUGCCCGGCCAAAUGGUGGUUCACUGCAGCGCUGGUAUUGGAAACACAGGGAUGUUUAUCGCCCUUGACGCGCUAUUGGAUUACGGUAAAAAGAAUGGUCGCAUCGACAUCCGCCAUUUUGUAAAUAAGAUGAUGAAGAACAGAUUGAACAUGAUUCAGACAGAGGAACAAUAUGUGGCUCUUCAUGAUAUUCUGGCAGAAGCAUUUGACCUUCAAGAUACACUUAUACCGAAGUCAAUGUUUUCAAACAAGUACCAUGGCCUGAAAAUGACAGCACAACAUCAAAACCGGGCACACCUGAGAGAUGAGUUCAAAUUGAUGUUGGAUCUGAAGCCGGAUUACAAGUUAGAACAGGACUUUGUGGCUUCUACACUUCCUGAAAAUCAAACAAAAAACAGGACAAUGCGAAUAUUGGCAGCGGAUGGAUUCAGAGCGCCGCUAAAAACAUACCCAUCCAACGGAAAUGACUACAUCAAUGCUGUAAUUGCACAAUCUUACACAGGUAGACAGGGGUAUAUAGUCACUCAUUUCCCGCUACCUGACACGAGGACCGACCUUUGGACCCUGGUAUUGGACUACCAAUGUGACACCAUCAUCAUUUUAGGGGAUGAAAA